AGCAUGGGACAAGCGAGGGGAAACAGAGGAAGAAAUCCACGUAGCCGAUCCUGCAUCGUAACGGUCCGGCCGCGUAAUGUCCUCAAUGUGUACGUUUAUUUGACGAAACGCCGCUGCCAGUCAAGCUCAUAACGGUGUUCAUAGUGGCGGGCUAACGCGGAGUAACCCCACAUUUGGUCCUGUUUGCUGGAAAGGGAGAGGGGGCUGAAAAAAAUGGAGCUGGAAGACGGGGUUGUGUACCAGGACGACCCGGGGACAUCAGCGAUGAUGUCGGAGCGGGUGUCGGGCCUGGCCAACUCCAUCUACCGUGAGUUCGAGCGGCUCAUCGGCAAGUACGACGAGGACGUGGUGAAGGAGCUGAUGCCGCUGGUCGUGGCCGUGCUGGAGAACCUGGACUCGGUGUUCGCGGAGAACCAGGAGCACGAAGUGGAGCUGGAGCUGCUGAAGGAGGACAACGAGCAGCUCAUCACCCAGUACGAGCGGGAGAAGGCGCUGAGGAAACACGCAGAGGAGAAGUUCAUUGAGUUUGAGGACACUCACGAACAGGACAAGAAGGACCUGCAGAACCACGUGGACAGAAUGGAGUCCCACUCCCGGCAGCUGGAACUCAAGAUCAAGAACUACGUAGACCAGAUCGGCAGGCUAGAAGAACGUGAACUAGAGCUCAAGAAGGAAUACAACUCCCUCCAUCAGCGACACACGGAGAUGAUCCAUAAUUAUAUGGAGCACGUGGAGAGGAUCAAAAUGCAGCAGAUUAGCGAGACCUCAGAGUCGAGCGCGGUCAGUCGAGUCAGGAGAGAGAGACCUCUUUCUUUGGGGAUCUUUCCACCAUCUGCUGGGGUGUCUCUGCUGACACCAGACCCACAGGUCAGGGCAGAGACACUGGGACCAGAGGCCUGGAGGUUCACUGACCCAGCACAACCACGGUCAAACACUAGCCUCAAGCAGUUGGACUUUGUCGACCCCCCGAAGGAAAGGGAGGGUAAGAGUGCGCAGGACUCUACUUGGGGGAAUUCACUGGCAGACGACUGCAAGGAUGAGUUGUCCGACUUCACCGGCUCCAAGUCGGCCACACCGAUGUCCACCACAGCUUCAGACAUGGACAGGGACGAUGGGAACAGUAAGAGCAUGGAGGUGCAGGCUGUACCCGGGACUAGAUCCAUAUCAGUGGAGAGCUCAGAUGUGCAGAACAUUAUCGAGUCCACCCCUGAGCUUGACAUGGAACUCAUGGGCUACAGGCCAUGCAGUACACCCACUAAAGGCAUCGAGAACAUGGCAUUCGACCGCAACACAGAGUCCCUGUUUGAAGAGCUGUCGUCCGCAGGCACUGGGCUCAUAGGGGAUGUGGAUGAGGGGGCCGACCUACUGGUGGAGUACUCCGACCUUAGUUUGAUUGGAAUGGGCCGGGAAGUUGAAAAUCUCAUUCAAGAGAAUUCACAACUGCUCGAGACAAAGAAUGCUCUGAACGUGGUGAACAAAGACUUGAUACUGAAGCUGGACGAGUUGACGUGUGAGAAGGAGAUGCUACAGGGAGAGCUGGAGGCUGUGCUGCAGGCCAGGACCAAGCUGGAAGACAAGAACAAAGAGCUGGAGGAGGAACUUAAAAAAGUGCGACUGGAGGUGGAGGACGUGAAACAGAAAUCUAAAGAUGAAGAAGACAGUGAUGUGCCCACAGCCCAGAGGAAGCGCUUCACCAGGGUGGAGAUGGCCCGAGUGCUGAUGGAAAGGAACCAGUACAAAGAGAGGCUGAUGGAGCUGCAGGAAGCUGUGCGGUGGACAGAGAUGAUCAGGGCCUCAAGAGAAAAUCCAACACUCACAGAAAAGAAGAAAUCCAGCAUCUGGCAGUUCUUCAGCAGACUGUUUAGCUCCUCCUCCAGCUCCCCCGUCAUAAAGAAGGUGGACUCCCAGUCCAACAUGAAGUACAACGCCCCCGGCAGCCUGGUGAAGAGGAGUAGCACCUUCUCCCAGUUCCCCACUGAGAAGUCCAAGACUUUUGACUUCUUGAAUGAAGAUAUGGACCAGUGCAGUUCACCAUCGCGUAAAGAGCAGAAGAGAGCCCAGUACAGACAGGUGAAGGCCCACAUGCAGAAGGAGGAUGGACGAGUCACUGCACACGGCUGGAGCCUGCCCAGUAAAUACAAGGUUACAAAUGGUGGACAGGUGGAGAACAAAAUUAACCUACCUGUACCAGUAUACCUGAGACCUCUGGACCAGAAAGAUGCUUCUAUGAAGCUGUGGUGUGCUGCAGGGGUCAACCUGUCUGGGGGAAGGGCCGCACUCACGUCAGAGCUCGCUAAGCAGACAAAGGGUUCUCAGAGUAGCCUGGACCAGUUGGAGCAAGAGAGUAAGGAUGUGGAAAAAGGGGACCAGGAGAAGGAAUUGGUCGCUCAGGACGAGAUUUCCAGCAGGGUGUGGGUGUGCACUAGCACCCACUCCUCCACCAAGGUUAUGGUGCUGGACGCCAGUCAGCCCUCUGACCUGCUCGACAGCUUCUACGCCUGCAACACCCACGUGGUCUGCAUUGCCAGUGUGCCAGGUGUGUUGGAGACCGAUUUUCCCGCAGGUGAGGAGGUACCACAAGAUCUGGAGGCCAGCCAAGGUGACGGGGUGUCGCUGGCAGGCAGCGUGGCCAGUGUGGGCUCCACAGGCAGCGAUGGUGCCAUGGCAGCAGAGGGCACCACCGCCAUCCCCCAGACAGCCAGCGCAGGUUGCACUGACCAGCCAGCUGAGCACAGCGGUAUCUCUGGCUCAGUUGAGCUGUCCAGAGAGACCAGUCCAUUAGAAGACGGUGUUCCUACGGCGGAAGAGGCAACAGAAGCUACGGAGGCUAAUGCUGGUGUAGGCGAAGAUGGGCAAGAGGACCAGGGGGCGGAUUCAAACCAGCCGGGGAUCUACACAGAGCAUGUGUUCACCGACCCACUGGGGGUGGGACCUACCGAUUCUCCCUCUGACACGCAGAGGGGCUCCGGGCAGGACGGUGUGACAUCCUUGGCAGAAGACUCAGACCUGUCAGAGGGGGAAGUCCUGAGGAUGAGCAGCGCCCUCCCCACCAUGUGGCUGGGCGCUCAGAACGGAUGUCUGUACGUCCACUCGUCUGUGGCUCGGUGGAGGAAGUGUCUCCAUGCCAUCAAGCUGAAAGACUCCAUCCUCAGCAUAGUGCAUGUCAAAGGGAGAGUCCUUGUAGCUCUGGCUGAUGGGACAUUAGCAAUUUUCCAUAGAGGCAUUGCAGACGGUCAGUGGGAUUUAACUAACUACCACUUGUUGGAUCUGGGCCGGCCCCACCACUCCAUCCGCUGUAUGACAGUAGUCCAUGAUAAGGUGUGGUGCGGCUACAGGAACAAGAUCUACGUCAUCCAGCCGAAGGCCAUGAGGAUAGAGAAGUCAUUUGAUGCUCACCCUCGCAAGGAGAGUCAGGUGCGGCAGCUGGCCUGGGUUGGAGACGGUAUCUGGGUGUCCAUCCGACUAGAUUCCACUCUACGCUUGUUUCACGCACACACCUACCAGCACCUCCAGGACGUGGACAUCGAGCCCUACGUCAGCAAGAUGCUGGGUACGGGUAAACUGGGCUUCUCGUUUGUGAGAAUCACAGCUCUGAUGAUUUCCUGCAGCCGCCUGUGGGUGGGGACAGGAAACGGCGUCAUCAUCUCCAUCCCACUGUCUGAAGCAGCCAACAAGACGACGGGAAUAGUGCCAAAUCGGCCCGGCAGCGCCGUCCGGGUUUACGGUGAUGAAAGUUCAGACGGUGCCAUGUCGGGCAGCUUCGUGCCGUACUGCUCCAUGGCCCACGCCCAGCUGUGUUUCCAUGGACAUCGAGACGCUGUCAAGUUUUUUGCCACCGUGCCAGGUCAGGCGAUGCCCCCUCCAGGCACUGUAGAUUCAGGCUCCGAUGACCCUCCGUCUGAAUCCUCUGACACAGUGACCUCAGAGCCCAAAACGUACCUGGUCAUGAGUGGAGGGGAAGGCUACAUUGACUUCAGAAUGGGUGAUGAAAGUGGCGAGUUGGACGGUUUAUCAGAGCCAACAGCCAGCCAGCCAUCAGCGCCGACCAAGGCUGAGCAGAGCCACCUCAUCGUCUGGCAGGUCACGACCUCUCACGAUUGAGACAAAUAAAAUCACGGACUGUUGUGUCGACGCCAGGGCCGUCCGGCAACCCCCGCAUGCCCCUCUCGAAUUUUUAAUUUGAUAUUACUGAUCGUUCUUAAUGCCUGAGUAGUCGACUACUUUGUAAAAAAAAAACAAAAAAAACAAUUAUUUUUAGUCCAUGUUUUGUACAGUUUAUUCUCUAUGAAUUUGAAAACAGAUGAGGUCUAUGUUAACUUAAAGAAUCCGUCCAAGGUCCGGGUGUUCCCUUCUGUCCGGGCUGCAUGAUGGAAAAGCCGGCACACACAGGAAGUAGACGACUAAAGUCUGAUCAGGUAACGUGUGGACGCCGUUUGUCUGUUUAAAAAAAGGGGGGGGGGUUCAAUGUGAAGGAUGAAAGGGGAAAAAAGUGCUCGAAGCAUUUUGAAAGAAAAAGGGAGCAGGAAGUUUUAAGUUGGACUGAAGUAUAUUUUAUAUAUACACAUUUGUAAACCACAUAUCUGUACAUGUGUGAGCAUCAGGCGUGUGUAGGCAUUCACUGUGUUGAGCGUUUUGUAUUUUUCCUUUACCAUUAGGGCCAGAUAACGAAACAUGAAACCUGCAAUCCAAAAUGUAUAGGAAACCUCAAAAAGGUUUAAUUGUUUGAAUGUGUUUUUUUCCUGAAGCUGAUUACUCCACUGUUGUGUCUGAUUAAUAGAAAAAAAACAGCUUGCACGCACCGGUGGUAAAUUAUUAAAUGUGCUUUAACGCAGCAGAAAAAGCUUUUAGGAUGAAAACGUUGCUCGAAGAAAAAAGGUCUUACUAACACUGAAUGACACCGAGCCCCGUCCAACACGUUUAUAUUUUGUGAUAUGAAUAAUCUCUUAGCGGUUUGGGUACUUUAAGGUUUCCUGUGACUAGAAGAACCAGUUUACUAUCCAGUACUGUAGGUUAGCGUUGGCCUGCAUGGGGGGAAAUCCCGUAUCCUCGUCCAUGUGUGUGUAACCACUCAGACGUUUCACAGCUUAAACCCCCGUGCCCACCCCCCAGACGUGGCACUUCCUGUCUGCUUCAGCUCAUUGGCACUUUAAAAAUGUAACACGCAAGUUGCUAAAAAGGGUCGGAAAGAACACCCACGGUAACGUACAGCUAGUUGUGUGCUAGUUGUGUGAAGGGAAUGAAAAUGUAAAAAAAAACAAAAAAAAACAACCCAGUAACCAAAGGACGAAAGAAGAAGAAGGAGCACCGUGAAACUAUGUUUUUAAACAUCUUGUGAGUCUUAUAAUUUGAGGGUAUACGUGUGCGUUUUUCAGGAUGACGUCUUACUGGGAAAUAAGUUGGAUAAGGGAAUCUGACAACAUUUUUGUGUGGCAUCGUCUCCACUAAAGAGAAUCUCUCCUGAUUGCUUCAUCAUUCCUUGUUUGGUUGUUACGAAUACAUUCUAGAUUAAUAAGAUCUAAAAGGCGAUUAUUGUCAGUAUUUUUUUGUUAUUUUGGCCUUUGUGCUUGUUUUUUUUUACAUAUAUUCAAGUGUGAGACACUUUUGUUAAGUACUGACUGUUCGGAUGAUGACUAUAACUUAAUAGCAGAAUCUGAAUUUUAGGCAGGUUGUUUUAAUUUGUUUUUAUAUUGAGAAAAUUAAGGCCAAGAUUGGUCUUCAGUCCAUUUCAAAAACUAGUAACUUUAUAUUGUGUUUUUGCCAUUCCAGUAUUUAUUUCCGCCGUUAUCGAGCCGAUCUCGGUUCAGAAUGUAACUUUCUACAUGAGCAAACUAUAACGGGAGGCUACUGUAGUCCAAUGAGUUUACGUGAUUGUUAAUAAUGGUUCAAUAAAAGACAUUAAUGUGAUCAUGUUGGAAGUUUUUGACAAACCGUGUGAUCAAAGUGUGCAAACAAUAAUGUGGUGGAUUUUGGACGACGACACAUUCAUGUACUAAGCUAUGCAUGUUUUUUUUAAGAGAACACUGCUAUGUUUCCAGCUGAAUCUCUGUUUAUUGCCACCGUUUUGGGUGGGGUGGAUGUCUGUGUAAACGUGCGUCUGUGUGUACAGUACAUGUGUACGUGUGGGGGGGUUUGAGCGCAAGACACAUUUGUCGAUGUUUGUUUGGUUUUUUUGCAAACGUGCGGUGUAUGUGUGCCCACCGUGUGUCCAUCUGUAAUACCCCCAGAGAUCGGCCACAUUUACCCAUUGUUACCGGGUGUGUCUGGACGCCGUGACGGCGCUCCCUUCCUGGUUCAAUGUUUGCUAAAACAGCAUCAUAGCCUUAUUUUUAACAAUCUAUUAAACUCAGUUUCAUGGAGAAGCUUCUGUCAUCA